AUGGGGAAGUUCAUAAGAAAGGCUUGGGUAGUGGGGUGUGUGAUGGUGUUACUGAUGUCGACUCAAGUUUUGGGAAGAUUAUAUGAUACAGAUAGUCAUGGCGGUGGCAAAAACCGACAUAAGAAGCAUGGAGGAGGCAGUCAUGGUGCUGGAGCUGGUGGUGGUGCCGGUGGAGGUGGAAGUGUUGGGGUUGGUAUAGGAGCAGGAGGUGGUGCUAGCGGUGGCAUUGGAGUCGGUGGUGGAAUUGGUGGAGGAGGAGGUAUAGGCGGUAGUGGAAGUGGUAGUGCUGGAGGCCAUGGCGGUAAACAUGGUGGUAAAGGCCAUGGUAGUGGACAUGGGGGUGGUAGUGUUGGGGGAGGAGUUGGUGUUGGUGGCGGAACUGGUGGUGGUGUUGGAGGAGGAGUAGGUGGCGGUAGUGGUGGAGCUGGAGGUGGUGUAGGUGCAGGAGGUAGUGUAGGCGGUGGAGGUAGUGUAGGCGGUGGAGGUAGUGCCGGUGGUGCAGUUGGAAGUGGUGCUGGUGGUGCUGUUGGAGGUGGUGUCGGAGGAGGUGUAGGCGGAGGUGGUGGUGGUGUUGUUGGUGGAGGAGGUCGUGGUAGUGGUGGAGCUCGCAGUGGUGUAGGUGCGGGAGGUAAAGUAGGCGGUGGUGGUGUAGUUGGAGGUGGUGCUCAAGGUGCUGUUGGAGGUGGUGUUGGUGGUACUGUUGGAGGUGGUGUUGGCGGUGGAGGUGGUGUUGGUGGCGCUGUCGGAGGUGGAGGUGGUGUGGGUGGUGCAGUUGGAGGUGGUGCUGGUGGUGCAAUUGGUGCUGGAGGUGGUGCUAGAGGAGGGGCCGGUGGCGCUGUCGGAGGUGGAGGUAAUGCCGGUGGUGUAGUUGGAGGUGGUGCCGGUGGUGCAAUUGGAGGUGGUGUCGGUGGUGCAGGUGGUGCUGGUGGUGCAAUUGGAGGUGGUGCCAGAGGAGGGGCCGGUGGCGCUGUCAGAGGUGGUGGAAGUGCUGGUGGUGCAGUUGGAGGUGGUGUUAGAGGAGGGGCUGGUGGCGCUGUCGGAGGUGGAGGUAGUGUUGGUGGUGCAGUUGGAGGUGGUGUCGGUGGUGUAAUUGGAGGUGGUGUCAGAGGUGGUGCUGGUGGUGUAGUUGGAGGUGGUGCCAGAGGAGGAGCCAGUGGUGCUGUCGGAGGUGGAGGUAGUGCCGGUGGUGCUGUCGGAGGUGGAGGUAGUGCUGGUGGUGCAAUCGGAGGUGGUGCCGGUGGUGCAAUUGGAGGUGGAGCUGGUGGCGCUGUUGGAGGUGGAGGUGCUGUCGGAGGUGGAGGUAAUGCCGGCGGUGGUCUCGGUGGUGUAGUAGGAGGUGGUGCUGGUGGUGUUAUUGGAGGUGGUGCAGGAGGAGGUAUCGGUGGAGCUAUUGGAGGUGGUCUUGGAGGCAGUGGAGGAGGAGGACUUGGUGGUGGUCUUGGAGGCGGUGGAGGUUUAGGAGGUGGUGUUGGCGGCGGGGCAAAUGUUGGUGUAGGAGUUGGAGCUGGUGGUGGUGCAAGUGGAGGUGUUGGAGCUGGAGGCGGUGCAGGAGGAGGAGUUGGCGGUGGCGUUGGAAACCGACGACACUAAAUCAAAAACGGCAGUGACCGUUAACACUUUAGCAUUGCAUGCAUGUUACGUUGUCUCUUUGUAAUAUGCAUAUAUGCACUCUCGUUGUUAUCUUAUUAUCCUUGUACCACUGUAUAAUAAUAAUAAUGAAUAAAUUACUCUUUACUAA